ACUAUGCUGUCAACUUGUUCAACAACAAUCAACAAAGUAUUUUUGCUUUGGUUACCAGCGUUAAAUUAUCUUUGCCAAAAUUAAAAUGCAAAAAUAGCUGGACUUAUGACUCUACGUCCAAAUUAUAAAAGAUUACAAUGGCAACCAUGCAGCAUCUUUUGCCAUCACCACUUGAAUUUUACGCUGAACUGCAAGAGAAGGCAAACCUAGCUGAGGAUAGGCGUCUAAAAAGAUUUCUAGCAGUAAGGACUAUACAGCGUAUGACAAGAGGUUAUUUAAUCAGGAAGCAUAUUGCCUGGUUAUCCAAGAAUGCAACGAUUAUACAGUGUGCGUUCAGAGUUCAUUUAUCACGUAAAAUAUACCUAGCAGCGUUGCGAAGAGCUGUGAGGAACAAGCAUGCCAAGUAUUACGCUCGAGCAGCUACGAGAAUACAGGCAUUAUGGCGUGGACACUAUUCAAGACGCACUAAGUUCUGCUACCGUUCCUAUAGAAGAUGGCUUGCCACUGUUAAAGAGCGUGGAGAAAGACGAGCUGCAGAAGCAGCUGAGUUUGGUAUCAGGAGCCGGGCAGAUGAUCUGCGUAUUCUAGAAGAAGAGGCAAGACAGUGGCUCGCAUUCGUCGUGUUCAAACUGCACCAUCUACUUAGAACGUACGUAUGUGCCGGCGUCUACUCUGAACCCGCGACUACAGAACUCUCAGAGUUUGAAAAGCUUCUUAAAUCUAUCCAUUACACUGAGUACAUGAAAAGACUCAAGCGAAAAUACAACGAAUUCGUCAGAAAAUUUCGCCCGAAAUUCGCAAAUAAGAGACUGUUUCCGAUUAUAGGCGAUGGUGCCGACUACUGGUAUCUAUCGUUGCCCGAAAUGUAUGAACUGACGAAGCCCAUUAAUAAGACGGUGGAUACAAGACAUCUGGAUACACAUCAUGGUCCUUUACAUAAGAAGCCGUUUCUCUGGAAGAAGGUACGACCGCCCUCAGUGUGUGAAAAAAGAGGGCCGUUUAGAAUAUCUACAUCUCCUAAAAUAACAAAAGUGACGAAAUCGCCACCCCCACCAGCUCCCACUCCCUGUGGUGACACCAAACCGUCCAAAGAUCCACGAUUUCAUCUCUAUGUAAAGUACUACAUUCCGCAACCUGAUCUUUUCGAUUAUGUGGACUUCCACAUCAAUGUUUUGUUAGCUAGGAAGUGCUCCAUUCAAAAUAUAAACAAUGAGUUUUGAUCAUUUUUGAAACCCACGAAGUGCUCGCUAAUUUUUUGCAAAUAUCACAAUGGUCUAUUUAGGAGCAUUUCGUACAGUCAGCAUCUAAAUUAUUGUGUUUACUUUCUUACUUUUUAGUAGAGCUAAUAAUUAAAAUUCUUUAAUUGAAAAUACGCAUUUUUAUUCAAAAAG